GCCCCGAAACUACCAUCUGCAGGGUAAGAGGCCUCGGACUUGGGGCCUGAGAGUCCCUAGGUGGCCGCUUAGAAGCUAAAGCACCGGGAGCCCCCAGGCAGAUGUCCAAAAGAUGUUCAUCUAGGGACCAGGUUUUGAGCUGUAGGAGGGUCCCAAAGAAAUGAUGGUGGUGAUGGCGGGGAAAUGACCUUUGAAUCUAGGAAGGCAACUCCAUUUUUCAUGAGGAGAUGGCAGUUGUGAAAACGCCUGCGCAGGAACUAAAGGAUGCAGAAGAGCCCUUCGAUAAAGUGUCGCCCAUCCUCCUGAAGAGCCUGGUGGAGGAGCCCAAGAAGAGAGCAGAAGUCCCCAACCACCUGCUGGAAUCCAAGGUUUAUGCCAAGCUUCUGAACAAUAAGGUCAUCCAGGCCAGACCAGGCAUAGUCCAUUUUGGAGGCUAUGAGAUAGAAAAACAGCACCAACAGAUUCUGUACAUCGCCAAUGUUUCAGAUGAAAACACACACCUUCAUAUUUUACCACCGCAGACCAAAUACUUCCGGAUCAGCUACGAGAAGAAGGAGCAUCGCCUCAUCCCAGGCCUGUCUCUCAUGGUCACCGUCACCUUCUCUCCAGAUGAGUGGCGCUACUACUAUGACUGCAUCCGCAUUCACUGUAAGGGAGAUGACACCUUGCUUGUUCCCAUGCAUGCUUACCCUGUCUUGAAUAACCUGGAGUUCCCCACGUUUAUAAACCUAUCAGAUGUCCUUCUCGGAGAGAGCAAAAGCUACGUGAUCCCCUUGCAGUGCAGCUGCCCCGUGGAUUUUGAGUUCCACCUUACGUUGCUUCGGUCUCAUCAGGCCUUUACAAUUGAGCCAAAGUCAGGAAUAAUUCCAGCUAAUGGGAAGACAACAGUAACUGUCAAGUUCACACCCAUCGAGUAUGGGACGGCACAAAUAAAAAUCCAACUGUGGAUUUCACAGUUCAACUCUCAGCCAUAUGAAUGUGUCUUCACCGGAACCUGCCACCCCAACGUGGCCUUACCAUUAGAAGAGUUUAAAAGAUUAAAUAUUCGUUCUAAGAAAGUAAAUGUUCCUCCAGAAAAAACAACGUACAUACACUUUUACCAAGCUCCGGCAGUGGCAAAACCUCGGAAGAUAAAGGCAAUUGAGUAUCAGGACCUGCGGUUUCCGGCAGACCUGUCCAAUCCGUUCGCUGUGGCGACCGUCCUAAACCAAGAGGCAGGAAAGCUGAAGAUCAAGGACUUAAAACAAGUCCUGGACCAAGGUGACGAAAUCUCCAAAACCAGACAGAUGAAGGAGGCUAUCUUCGGACAGAAAGUCAGACAGAACAUCCUGGAAGAGAGCGAGAACAAUCUCAAGUGGCAGGUGCACCUUGGUAAAGAUCACACGACUUUCAAGUUUAGAAAAGAGCUCAGUGAGGAGCGGCAAAAAGCACAUGAAAAGUACAAGCAAAGCAGAGGCGACCCUGUCUUAGAGGAGGAGUUUCAGCGACUCAAGACGGAGCGGAGUGCCAAGCGGGUCAUCCGAGACUUGGAGGAGAAAAUCCAGGAACUCCAUCCUAAUUUUGAUCCACUCGUUAACAACAUGUGGCUCAUCAGGUUCCGGGCACAGAGACGGUUUCAGCAAGCAGCACGCAAGAUCAUGCUUGAACGAAGGCUGCGCCUUAUGCUGGGGGCUAUCCGAGGCAUGGACAAAGAAGGCAUAAUAAGAAAGCUUUUCCGAGUCAAGCAAUCCCUAACUCAAGAGGAGAACCUCUACCCAUCUAUCCAAACUGGAAUGAGUCAGGAUGAUUACCCCUGGCACUAUAAACUACAGCCCCAGGAGGUGCUGCACUUCAUUUUCCCUACCGACUGCCAGAGCUACAAUAAGUUGGCUCUCGAUGCCCUUGGACUAGUCCCAAUUAAACCUUCAGAUGUUCAAAUCAAGCACAAAUAUCCCUACUUCACUUUAAAGGUUCCUCAGAUAUACAAAAUCAAGGGAUAUCAACAAUUUUCUGUCAACAAGUCCUCAACAAAUUACAGACUUCAGAAGCUUUCUCGGCCCCUUAAGCAAGGUGCUGAGGAUGAAGUCACCACCAUCAUAGCUCUACCUAAGCAGGACACCACAGAGCUCUCUGCCAAGUCCUCCAUCUUGAGUAUGAAACCACCCGAGGGCUUAGCCAUGUCGGUAGAAUAUGAUCCUCUGUAUGUUUUUAAUCCCAACCCAGGGCUGUUUGCCAUGAAGCAACCUCUGACCUACGCAGAAACUCUGAUAGAUUACCACUUGUGCUCUCACCCCAAGUACAAGUUCACCCAAGAGUCCCACCUGGGGUCCAGCAUUCCUCUCACCCAAAAGGAGUUUCUCCAUCAUACGGAUAUAAUUCCUGGAAUCAUGAACUGGAAGAGGUUCCAGCCCCUGGUGUUCUCCUCCUUCUCCGACUACCCUAGGCUGGAAGCCACUCAGAGAAGUGACUGGUAUAGUUCUGUGAUGCUGCCUAUGGAGGCCCCUGCCCCACUGGACGCCUUACCAGAAGAAGACAGACUGGAAACUACUGAGCGAGACCUCUGUGAGCAGAGCGUAGACAUCAUGCUGACUCCAGAAAUGAUCCAAGUGGAAUUCCCCAUUCCGGACCACAAGGAAGCCAACAAAGAGAAGGAUGUCAAAGACUCAGCCCAGUCCCAAGAGAAGGUGGGGGAAAGGGUGCUGGAGGAACUGAGGAAUCUGCGGAACAAAGCUCUCAACACGCACUUGAUUCUAGAAUAA